CGUAUGAGUAUGCAUGGCUCAUUUUAUAAACAUGUUAAGGACUGUUUCGUAGCUGUUUAUUGAGAGGACAUCCAGACUGUGUCAACGACGAACGCGAACGGUUUGGAUGUGACAACUUACGAGUUGAGUCAUUUGAGGUGCUCGGGAAGACGAGGCUAACAUGGUGAGCCUAGAAAUACGUCCCUUUCGGCUGUUCCAGAGGCUUCCCCUGUAUCUCCUGAAGCUCCGUCUGACUGCCAAAAACAAGCCUGGUUAUGUCAUACUGACUCUGAUCUUCUUCCUGGCUCUGGCAAGCAGUGUCUUCCUUGCUCUGUACCUGACGGCAACGUUCGUCCUCACAUCGAUUGGAAUACACCCAGAUUCACCGUCGAAGAUUUGCCGGGCCUACAAAACCAUUUUCCCGCCAGAGAACGCAGAGGCGUGGCUCAGACAGACGAUACAACCCAAAUACGACAACGCGGGCGAAAUACCAAAAAUAAUUCACCAGAUCUCAUGGCAUGCCGAUGCGGGUGAAGACUUUCUGAGGAAAAUGGUCAAAUGGAAGGCUAGUAAAAAGUAUCAGUACAUAUUUUGGACGCGGAAUGACGUGAGACAACUUUUGACGGAGAAGUACCCACAGUAUCUUCCACUGUUUGACGUUUUGGGUGAUGAGCUAUUAAUGGCGCCUUUCAUUUUACAUCACUUUGGGGGAAUAUUUGUGGAUUUGAGGUUGGAACCUACUGGGUCUUUAGAUAAAAUCCUGAUGGACGGAAAAUGUAUCAUCGCAAGAGUUCCCAAAUUGUAUUCAAUGAUUUUGUAUAAGACUGACGUUACAGUGACGUCGUUAUUCAUGGCGUCCGUCCCACGUCAUCCGUUUCUUGGCUACCUCCUUCUUCUUCUUCCAACCCAAGACACUUCGAAAUGUCCUCAGGCGGAAAAAAGGACGGCACCUGUUUUACAUAAUGUGUUCAGCUCUUAUAAGACAAUAUUGAAAAAUAUUGGGGAGGUCUCGCAAGAAUUUGAUGUAAAGACAAUUCCCUCUAAUAACGAGGUCGCAAAUUGGUCCGAUGUGAACACUAUUUUGAGACAAAAGGCGGAGAAAAGGUGUCGGCAUAUCAAUAGGCAUUUUGGAUGGAAAAAUGAGGAAGACAAGAAGAUUCCUUGCGAAUACCUAAACAAACGUGACUAAUGAUACGCAAUUAUCAAGGAUGUUAACACCGCGCACUCGACUUUGUCCCGGCCUUUGCGUGUGGACGGCACACAGCCGAGGCCCCUUGGUUGUCCUUGUCAUGUUCAUUGUAGACACCACCUCAGCCGCCAAUUCAAAGUGCCAUAUGACAUUGAUGGUUUCAGAGAUACAAUUUUUCAAAGUUUAAUAAUUCUGUCAUCAACCGACAAUAUCAGUAGGAAAGAAUUUUUUUCGAACCGUGCGUACAAGGUUAUAUACUAGUAUAUGUGUCCCACUGUGGUUGACCAAAAACAGGCAGCUCAAAAAGGGACCUUUACUGUUUUGGGAUGAAUACAAUACUCACUUGUCAGAACAUGUGCCAUACACGACUUCACGUUCAUAGGAUAUUGUUCUACUAGCUUAUCCAAGGAAGUGUUAUUACUCCCUUUGAUUAUCCAAGGUAGAUCUCAUGAAUGAAUCAUUUGUGAUUUUGAGUGAACAGUAUUGAAACGAUGUCUUCGUCAAGAUACAUGAGUCUAACCUUAACUUAGACUGUCUUUACAUUUCUACUAUAAGCUAGUUGAAGACAUAGGCCUACCGGCGUGUGUUCUAUUAUUUGUGGGCCUGAUUGGUCUUCCGCUAAAGCUUGUCACCUCUUGGCGAUAGGAGGAUAAAUGGUCGUCCAGGCUAUUAGAGGACGAAUAGUCGCCUGUCACAACAUGUCCGUCCCAGGCUAUAUUGGAGGAAGAAGGGUCAUCUGCCAUGAAGCUUUUCACCUCCAGGCAAUAUUUGAGGACAAAUGGUCUUCUGUCAUCUCCAGGCUACAGGAGGACAAAUGGUCUUUGGUCACAGCCUGUCACCUCCCAGGCUACUGGAGGACAAAUGGUCUUCUGUCAUGUCUGUCACCUCCAAGCUAUAGGAGGACGAAUGGUCUUCGGUCACAGCCUGUUACCUCCUGGCUGACCAGGAAAGGACAAAUGGCCUUCCAUCAUCGCUUGUCACCUCAAGGCUAGUAAAGGAUGAUUGAUGAAUGAUCUUCCAUCAUAGUUUGUCACCUCCAGGUCAAUGAAAGAUUAAUGGUCUUCAGUUACAGCCCGUCACCUCGGGGCUACAGGAGGAUAUAUGGAGUCUUUAGUCAUAGUCCGUCUCAAGGAGCCUGACCAAGCCAUGAUAGAAUCUUUAUCAGAACACAUAGAAUAAGUUGAAAAUUCUUGGAUAAAGAAUUUAUUCUAUAUCAUGUAAACAUGAGACAAAUAUUUGUAUGACAUAGACAUUUUCAGUCCAAAAUGUACAUGUAUAACAUGUACAAUGUAGAGUACAAAAUGCUGCUGGCUCAUUCUGAUGAGAUUCAGAUAGUUUAUAAAUGCAGUAUGCAAAAGAUCAUAUAAUUCUAAAAAGCAAAUUAUAAAGAAUAACAAUGCAAAAUACAAUACAUAAAAUAUUUGAUCAAUCUAUCAAAAAAGACAGAUAGCUUUGACCCACAGGUAUAUGUAGUACAUCAUUUCCAGUUAAAAUGUAUCUUGAUACUACCUGUUCAUGUAUGGCUAAAUAUGGCAAGAUGCUUUGACAAGAUAUCACUGGGUGAGUUUUGAUUUCCAUUAUGGUUCUGCACAUUACAAAUUCUAACCGAAGACACACAGCAAAAAAGUUCAUUAACAAAAUGGCACAGAGCUUAGCAUAACAUGUAAUCAUGAACCAUUAACCAAGAAAAUGGAGACAUUGUGUACAAAACUUGAGUAAAAAUAUGAUGCUAAAUGAAAAUAAAGAGAUCCUGAACAAAUUCAA